AUCAAUAUAUUUAACAGACAGCUGACAUAUGGGAAAAAAACAUGUUGCGCUUGUAAAAAUUGAAUAAAUUUAAGCAAAAUUCAAUUAAAACGUAAAUCAGCUUACCAGGAGCCGACGCUGACAACAUGGCCGACUCAAAAGCCAGCGUAGAGGACGGCGAGGAGAAGGCGUUUAACUGCAUUGACGAGGCAAAUGCGAUCAUCAACGACGUGAAGGCGCACGUAGCUGAAAUAUGCAUCUCUUCCAAGCUGGCCAGCGAUGCCACGCAGAUAUACCUGAAUAUACGGACCAUAGAGAGUGCCACUUGCUGCGUGCAGGUAACCAGUCGCGGCUUCAAGAUUGUCUCCUCCCUGUACGACACCGUCGAUGCCGAUAAGAGGAUGGCCGCAAAGCUACACAUCGAUGAUGUGGACGCGGCAGAGGAUGAUGAGGAGAUCUUUGAAACGCCCUAUGCGCUGCUGGACAAGAUAAGUCCCCGCUAUGUGGAAUCCUUCGGCAACCAACUUUGCCAGCAACUCAGGCAAUUGCAGCAGAUGCGGACAGAGUUCCUUGAGGAGGAAGAAGAGGAAGAGGAUGCCGACUAGUGACUGGAAAGAAACUCGGACCCGAGGCUGUAUACUCUUUAGACACAAGAUUUUAAUGUUAGUUUUGUUUAAUGUUUACUCGUAAUGGUAUCUCGUGCGUUCUCUGGAGUGGGUCGAGGGCCCAUCUUCGAUGUCUUUAGAUAUUUAUGCGUGUGUUUGUGUGUGUGUGUGUGUACCAUAAAGUAUUCCCGCGAGAGUUGGUCACCGAAUCGCUUCAUUUUACCAUAGACUAUAUAAUUUUAGGGCCAACUGCUCCCGUUUCGCGUGUAACAUCGAUGUAACAUUGUCCUUGCUUAGCAAAAACCAAACACUCAAUCCAAAUCCCAAAUUAGACUUUAAGGCGUUUCAAGAAUAAAGAUUGUGAUUGCAGUUCCAAGUCUGUUAGUUUC